AUGGAGGCGAAGCAACCGCGUCUUCUGAUGAAAAAGAAACAAGGGCCAGUCCGAGGCGUGACAACCAAGAAGCCGGAAAAAUCUGCAACGAAAGAAGUCGAGAAGGUCGAAGUAGCCAGCUGCUGCAGUGGAUGUUCCGGACCGAAGAUAGAUAUUCCGAAAAGUGUGGAAAAAGUGACCGCCUGGCUGACGAAAAUGGAAAUCGACAAGCAGUUUUGUGAUGCUUCUGAGAUGGACUUUUUCGACUAUCUCCCCAUGAGGUAUGAAUUUUCUCAAUUGCAGAAUUGAAUUUUAAAACCCAAAGACUUUGAAAAAUCUCCGUCUAGGCUUUUUGGAAAAAGUUACAGAAUCAUCCAAAAAAAUUGUAUUGCAAUGAUUUUCUGAAUGUAAUAAAUAACCAUCAAAAUUUGUGAGCAGUUUGAAAGAUUUUAAUUUUUUUGCAAACUCCAAAAACGAACAGCUUCGAGAAGUUUUUCAAAUCUGAUAUUGUAGCAUACAUCAAGCUCAAAUUAUAUUAUUUCAAAGAUCAAAAAAAUAUGAGAGAGAUUUGUAUUAAAGAUCAGUCUACAGAGUAUUUCAACUCAUCAGAAUAAAAGCUUCGGUUGAAAAGAUUUUGUCCAUUAGACGUUUAGCCUUUGAUGCAAGUCUUAUAGGAUUUUCGGAUAAACUGCUUUUUGACACUUUGAAUCCACAAAACCAUUUCAGAGAAAAUUCUGCAAAUUUCAAUAAAAUUAGAUAUUUCUUGCAGGGGCAACAAACUCGUGCAGUUUCCUUCGAAGGAAGAAAUUCGGGAGGAAAAACCUUUUUGGGACUUGAAGGACCUUUUCAACAUCAAAGGAACGGAUGAAUUUGUCCCAUUGGAUCGUAUCUGCCCGACCAUCACUCCUCACCAGAUCUAUAAAAUCAAAAAAAUCAGCCUUAUAAUCAUUAAAACCAUCUAA